GCCUCUCUUAGGACUCCUGCUGUCUCCUCUCCUCUCCCAUAAUUUCACCCACCCAUUACACAUGCCUCCAGCCAGGAAGCAGGUGAAGUCACCCUGGUUUCCCUUCUUUUUCCACCUGCCCCACCAGCUGCCCCUUGGAGGAUCGUAAUAAUGCUACAGGACUGAGAGCCAGCCCAAAGCUUUUGACAACAGUGACUCCUCCCUUCCCCUUUAGCUCCUCCCCUCUGCACUCAUCCUGGAGUUAUUGUAGUCAACUUCCCCACCACCACCACCAAGCUCUUCAGAACAGUCACGGAGUUUCCUGGAUCACAGCAAGAGGGCUCUGUGCUCUCUUGCCGCAGCCUCCUUUCUCUUCUGGAGCAAAACUUGAACUCAGAACCAAAAACUUGGAUUUGUAUGCUGAAAACUUGCAUUUUACUUGUUGGGGCAAGAAGCAGAGGGCUGUGGUGGCCUUCAGAGAGGUACUAGGCUGAGAGAGGGCUUAAAAGCACAAGAUGGGUGACUGGGGCUUCCUGGAGAAGUUACUGGACCAAGUGCAGGAGCACUCGACGGUCAUCGGCAAAAUCUGGUUGACGGUCCUCUUCAUCUUCCGCAUCUUGAUCCUGGGCCUCGCCGGGGAGUCCGUGUGGGGAGAUGAGCAGUCAGACUUUGUUUGCAACACCAAGCAGCCCGGCUGCCCCAACGUCUGCUAUGACAAGGCUUUCCCCAUUUCCCACGUCCGUUACUGGGUCCUGCAGUUCCUCUUUGUCAGCACACCCACCUUGGUCUACCUGGGACACGUCAUCUAUCUCUCCCGGCUUGAGGUGAAGCUGAAGGAGCGGGAGAGUGAGCUCCGGGCUUUGCAGUCUAAGGAUUACAAGGUGACAGCCAUGCUGGUGGCGGUGGAGAAGAAGAUGGCCAAGAUCUGCGUGGCGGAGGAUGGGAGGAUUAAAAUCCGUGGGCCUCUGAUGUGGACCUACACCAUUAGUGUGGUCUUCAAGAGCAUCUUUGAGGCUGGCUUCCUCCUUGGCCAGUGGUACCUAUAUGGUUUUGUAAUGCAUGCCCGUUAUGUCUGUCAGGGGGACCCGUGCCCACACCAUGUGGACUGCUUUAUGUCCCGUCCCACUGAAAAAACUAUCUUCAUCCUCUUCAUGCUAGUGGUGGGCUUGAUCUCCCUCGUUCUCAACCUUCUGGAACUCUUCCACCUCUGCUGCAAGAGCCUGCUCCACAACACCAAGGAAAGAGACUACUGUUCCCCCUCCUCUGCUCCUCCCAUGCCCUGUGAGGCCAACAGCUUCCCCAACAAGCUUUGCGGUGUGCCUGAGGAGGCUUAUUCCGACAAGGCUUUCUUCUACCUCCCAAUGAAUGAGAGGCCUUCUCCGCCCUACCAGGCAUACAACAAACUUUCCAGUGAGCAGAACUGGGCCAAUUUCAACACAGAAGAAACCUUGGCCUUGCAAGGCAGGAAUAAGCCCCCUGACGUCUUUAACACGGAUGCCCCCAUAGUCCAUCUCUCUCAGGAAAGGCAGUCGAGCCGGCCUAGCAGCAGUGCUUCCAAGAAGCAAUAUGUCUAGCAAGCAAAGCAACCAUUACAGAAGAUGGAUGUUGUCUUCCUUUGUGGCAACUCUGGGUUUACUCAGCUAAUUAGCCUUCCUGAUAAUGGAUGGCUCCCUUCCGAUUUUGACAAAAGUGGCCAUGUCUCAAAUGUUCUUCUCAGGGGCCGCCUUGUUUUCUACCAUGUGAAACCUGCUGUACCAAGUAGGGCUAUCCUGGCUUUCGUAUAGACAUAAACUGAACCUUCCAGGUAGAGUCUACCAUGGGACAUCUUCUGGGCCAAUGAAAUGGCUGGUUCAGUCAUCCAAGUGUCAGAGGGUGACUAGUUGAUUGGGGAGGGGCAUUUGUUGGUCUUCUUUUUGUGUUAGGCCUUGCAGGUGAGGAUGGGUAGCAGCAACCACCUGAUGAGGAGGAGGAGGAGGAACGGGCACCUCUACCAGCUUGGCACUAUGCAGGAGUUGGCCUUGCUUUCUGGAAGAUGAUUUGUAUCCUAGUGCAAAAGACACAGAGGAAAGUGUUUUUGUUUUCAGUGGGAAGAAACUUACUGUUGUGGCUUCUAUUCCCAGAUAGCAACAUGGUGACGUCGUAUGACAUUCAUAUAUUAUUUUUUCUUUCCUUUUCUGCACAACUCCCUGGUUUACAGGAAGUCUGAGUAGGAUAGCAAAACUGUGAGCCAUAUACAGUCAUGUUGGACUAAAAACAGAGUUCCUGUCACAAGCGGGCAUUUUAGGGAAUAUCGACCACUGCCGAAGUAAGCUUGUCAAGCAGGCCUCCUCGCUGAGACAGUUUGGUUGGUGUGACUUUAGUACUUUUCAGUUAUUUCUUGCAUGUUGUGCUCCUUGAUGGCAACUGUCACUGGAAACUGUCCCUGAAGGCUUUGUGCCGUAUUACGGAGUUCACCUUCACUGUAUAAUGUAACCACUAGCACUUGAUCUGAAAAAGACUUUUGCACUUCCAACUUGAUAGCUUUUUUGGAAUUGAAGAUCCACAGCAAAGUACGUGCUUCCCUCCUACAAACUGCUCAGGGUUAAACCCCACCCCCCCACUGGCUGCCAUUUAAGUUUCUGGUUCUGGGACACCUUUCUAUAGACCAAAGGCAGCAAACAUGGUGCCCCCAGAUAUAUUUGGACUAGAGCUCCCAACAUCCCUGACCAUUUGCUGGCUUGGGCUGAUGGGAGGUGGAGUCCAAUAACAUUAGCCAUCCCUGCCAAAGACAUCCUAAAGAAGGUUUUAGUUAAUUUGUUCACCAAUUCAUCAAAACUCUGUCUCCUGAUCAUUUUCUGAAGUGUCAUUUUUUUUUCCAUCAAAAGCAAGACACUGCUCCACUGGGCUGUCAAGAAACUGGUGGCAAGUCUGUGGCUGUUAACUUUUGUUUGAUGUACAUUCCAAUGCAUAUAGGGCCCCCUCCCUGCCAUACUGGAUAACAAUUGGUCCUCUUGGAUUCAGUGCCUGUCCCCCUGCUUAACCCCACUAUGUAGAAUGAUGCGUUAAGUCAUAAAACACUGUUUACUAUUCUCUUUUUAAGAUGUCAGAUGUUUUAUAUAUGUAUCUUUAAGUAUGGCUGUAUUGCCCAAUCUCUAUCCUGGAUUCUUUGUUUUGCUUUCCUGUCCCCUUGUGUUAAUUUAUUGCAAUCUUAAAUCCUGUAUAGUCUGAAAAAGGCAAGCUGGAUCUUCUGCAUCUGUUGCUGAGGCAGCGUCUAAAAGUUAAAAGUAGGAAUCUCACCUGAAUCUCACAGAAGGAUAUGCCUGUUGAGCUGCCUUGGGAAGAGGUCUUUAUCCAUUUCUGAACUAAUACAAAGGGCAGGGGUGUCUUAAAAUGUUUAUCUGCAGCAACUUCUUGCAUAAGAAGUGUUGGCUUAAAUAAGAAUAUGGCAGCUCCCUCUUUGUAGCAUCCAACAUCCUAACCAACAGGAUGUUGGGCAACCUGAUUUUUCGCGGUCUCCAGUGAACUGUUCUUGAUAAAGCUGUGAAAAGGAGAUCUGUCGGUUUGAUGUCAACCAGCAUGUAAUAUGGAGAGCUUACUUCCCCACUGCCAAACUGGCCAAAGUUGAAUGAACAGCAAGGGCGCAAGUAGGAAAUUUGGGAAUACAUUUAGUAGUAUUAAAAGUGGUUUGUUUGUUGUUGUUUUUCAAAUUAAAAGAAAAACAUGAGACCA